UGUAAGCCUCAGCCUCCGUAGGCAUCUUUGUACUGGUUUGCGUCGCAUCCGAAAAUUGUGAUCGGCUUGCCCAGUCGAAAGCUAGAUAUCAAAUUCUCGUCAGAUGACCUCGCUGAACUCGUGACCAUCCUCUAUAAUACUGUCUGCGGUCUUUUCUUCUUUUUUAAUCGCACCGCCCCUGUGCUGUGUGGCAGAACCCGGUGUACCGCGCCCUUUUUCUUUGAGGGUCACCCUCCGACACGUUGUAGGCAUAUGGCGAGCAAUAUCGCUACCACUACUGCUAUUGUUACUAGUAUUCAUCUCUCCGAUGGAAGAAACAGCCAGUUGGUUUCCCUCAACGCGGGCGACACCCGCCAAAAGGCAGACGAGUGAGGAAAAUGAUCUUGAUAAUGAACAGCGAAAACGAUCACGGCAGUCUUCAUGGCCACCAAAACACUCACACGAAAGCAAAAAUGGGAUAUAUACAGAAUUUUCAUCGGAGUCGACACCCACCGUUUCCGUCGAUACGUCUGGUACAUUAGGGGCGAAGGAAGACCUGGUGUGCUUUGGAAUGAUAUGCUUCGAGCCCGUGGCGGCAGAACCGAUUCAACCUCAUGGUGUCGUCGCUGUACAAAAUGGUGUCUCUGGCAGCCUACUAUCUCAUGAUUCUAUGGUUCCAUUGGCAACUCUCACGACACGAGAUGCCAAAAUCUUGAAACUUUUUCGUCAGGAGUCUAUCGAGAUGGAGAUCCGAUUGAUCCCAGGCUAUUCAACCUCGAAAACGACCGGUCGGAGAGGCACGAUCGCGGCGGUGACCUUAUACGGGUGCGAAUAUUUGGGGGAACCCUUGCAAGAGGCUCUACAACAGCUGGUUCUAUAUCUCCAGGAUCCCAUAUACGCGACCCGGGAUAAUCUAUACUGGAAUCCUCAGCGGUUUUAUAACCCGCCUGGGCAACGAACGACAGUGUUUCGGCGCAUGAUGGACAUUCCUCCCGGUAGACAAGAGCAAGUGUCUCCGGUAGAUUAUCUCGCGGGAUUUUGCUCGGAGGUCUCUUUAGCUGAGACCCAAGGAUCCCCGUUUCUAUUGACCCCCCUGCUGAGUCACCAGAAGCAAGCCCUGACUUUUAUGAUCAACCGAGAGCGAGGAUGGACCAUCCAACCUGCUGGCGUAGACGUGUGGUCACUACAAUGUGACCAGUAUGGUCCGCCCACUUAUGUUAACAACAUCGACGGACAGUCGUAUCCCGAUCCGCCGCCUAGAUUCACGGGGGGGAUAUUAGCCGACGGCAUGGGAUUUGGAAAGUCACUCAGCAUGAUUGCGCUAAUCGCCCAUGACAAGGUGCCCGCAACGGGCCAACUGCCGGACGCAGCCUAUCUUAACACUUAUCCUGUCUCGACACGAACUAACAUCAUAGUAGUCCCGUCAGCCUUAAUACAAACUUGGAAAGAGGAGUUGACUAAAAGAUUCUCAUGGCGCUGUCACCACAAGACAACUAAAGUUGUGGAUUCGACUGACCUCGCAUCUGUGGACAUUCAUCAUACUCGCACACCGUUGGCACCGGGUCAUUCUAGAUGAGGCGCAUCUAAUAAAGAACCCUUCGCGGGUUACUGCCAAGGCUGCGUUUGCCCUGAAAGCUGACCGACGAUGGGCCGUCUCCGGGACACCAAUACAUAAUCGCCUAUCCGAGCUAAGUAGUCUUU